GUCGGGCCAACGUCCUGGCGACUGAAUUGGUCGAGUCUGGAAAAAGUCUGCCCUGUGAAGGAGUUGUUGAUUGCUGGAGCUCGAUGGAAUACCUGGCCUACACAUUACUACCGCGUUCAUGCAGGGAUACUGUGUCACACAGUCGUGCCGCAGUACAAUGUCCACGCGAUGUAUAUUCUGGAGAAUUCUACGUACAACCGGACAUCAGCAAGUUGUUCCGGUCAGACCAUUGCCUUCCAUGGAAACUUCUAUCACGGUAGUUUUGGUUAUUACGCAAUCUAUGCAGAGACACAAGGAGCAUAUUGUAUGCAGGACGGCACAGCCUACCUUACCGUAAGCGGACUAGGCAAGUACGACAUCAAUGGACUGCGACUCGCUCAAGACAGAGGUGACGUGGAGUACAGGAUGUCCUACUGGUACAUCUUUACUGGAACGUCCUUCACCCUCGUCAGGAUACCGACGCUACGGAGAAGCUUCGUCUCUUGUAGGCGAUUCGCAAAACACUGCGAUCAAAUGGCCGAGCCAAUUCGAAUACAGGAAGCCAUCGUU